AUGUCCUUACAGAGCCUGUUCCGUUUGUCGACCAUACAGCAUCUGUAUCGGUCGUCACGCUUGACGUCUGCCUAUGUUGGAGUUAGAGUCCAAGGUGUUCUACAAUCCCAUACUAUUAGAAAAGGACUUGCCGUUUUGAUAGCACUGCGUCUAUUGAAGAGCCUCAGUAACCUGCUGUCAUGGUAUGCGAUGAACAAUUGGAGCUCUGUGAAGCCAUGGAAUCCGAAAGAGGAGCUUGUGGUCAUUACUGGAGGCAGUAGUGGGAUAGGCUGUCAAAUUGUGGAUGAUCUGGUGAAGUUGAGGGUCAAAGUGGUCAUACUCGACAUUCAAGCACCAAAGACAGAGCUUCCAACUGGUGCAUUUUUCUAUCGUGCCGAUAUAACAUCGCGUGCGAGUCUGAAAGCCGCUGCCGAUCUUAUCCGUGUCGAGCACGGCGAUCCAACUGUGCUCAUCAACAACGCCGGUGUUGGAAAAGAUGGCACGAUCCUCGAGGAAAGCGAAGAAGACAUCCGCUGCACUUUCGAAGUCAAUAUUCUUUCGCAUUUCUGGACAGUCAAGGAGUUUCUGCCGGCGAUGCUCAAGAGCAACCACGGUCAUGUCAUCACGAUUGCGAGUGUAGCGAGCUUUGUGGCAUUCGGACAGGCUGUGGACUACUGCAUCUCUAAAGCUGGUGCUUUGGCUUUCCAUGAGGCAUUGACACAAGAAAUUCGAGGCUUUUAUGGCUCUGAGAAAAUCCGCACAAGCAUAAUUCACCCAACAUGGAUUCGUACACCACUGAUCGAGCCGCUCAUUGCGACCGGGAAGUUUACACAGCGCGUGCUCGAAGUGACCGACGUGUCCAAAGUGGUUGUGAAACAGAUCGUGAAUCAAAGUAGUGGCCAAGUCGCCAUACCGGCUUCGGCACAAAAUCUUGCUCUACUUCGGGCUCUUCCCAUCUGGCUACAAGAGGCAGGGGCCCACCCAAUAUUCGGCCAUACUGCGUCUCAAUUCAAAAUACCUCGUGGCAGCGAUCAUCUUAAGUUCACAACGGAAAUCCCUAAUAAUGGCCUCAUUCGCCUCAAAGGAUUCUUUAACACCGAUGAAGUUCUAAUAACCAGCCCGAAGGCGAUCGCGGAAGUUCUUGUAGCAAAGCCUUACGAUUUCCCAAAGACAGAGCGAGACCGAGGUCUUCUGAAGCUCCUGAUAGGUGAGGGGCUCGUGGUUGCGGAGGGAAACUAUCACAAGAUACAGAGAAAACACAGUCUGCCGAGUUUUGCUUUCAGACCGAUCAAGAUGCUCUAUCCGCUAUUCUGGAAAAAGGCCACAAAGAUGACGAGAAUGAUGGCUAGAGACGCCUUCGGAGAUUUGAAAGCUACAGGAGUAAUGGAUGUGGAGCACUGGGCCCCGAAAGCCACUCUGGACAUCAUCGGCGUUGCUGGUCUUGGAAGAGACUUCAACACCCUAGAAAACUCUGGCGAUGAACUUGUGCCACUUUUCGAGAAACAUCGCCUAAAUCAGAAUCCGGAUGACAAAUCGGUGGACACACUGUCUUUACUGAUCAAAUCAAACGUCUUCUCAGACUCGCAGCUUGUGGACCAGCUUUUGACAGUACUUGCUGCGGGCCACGAAACGACUUCCUCGGCAUUUACAUGGAUGACCUAUCUCCUGGCAAUUCAUCCGGAUAUUCAAGCACGCUUAAGAGCAGAGAUAUAUGAUGCGAUACCUCGUGACAUUUUUGACAGACCAGAUUCGGAGAUGGCUGCGAUUCUUGAGUCUUUGCCCUUACUCAAUGGUGUCUGUAAUGAGACGCUGCGCAUAUACCCAACCGUCCCAGUUGUGACCCGCGUGAGCAAGAACCAUAACACUAUUCUCGGCCAGGAGAUAAGGCCAGGCACACUCGUCGUCAUGGUCCCAUGGGCCGUCAACAAUGACCCUGGCAUAUGGGGCCCAGAGGCCAGCUCUUUUAUACCGGAGCGCUGGGUCGACCGUACUACGGGAAAGCCAAAUCAUACCGGUGGUGCAGACACCAACUAUGCAGUGAUGACUUUCUUGCACGGACCACGGAGCUGUAUCGGGCAGAAUUUUGCGAAGGCUGAACUAAGGUGUUUGGCGGCAGCAUUCGUUGGGGCAUUUGAAUUUGAAAUGAUGGACAAGUCAGAGGAAGUGGUGCCUGCAGGUAUCAUCACGACCAAGCCUAGAGAUGGAUUGAAGUUAAAGCUGAAGAGUGUCCGACCUUGGGUCUGCAGUGAAUAA